AUGCCUCACUUGACUCAAUCACCAUUAUCAUCGCCUUCAUUGAGGACCAUUGCUCAUUCACAAUUUCGUACAUCUUAUUUCCCACCUGUACCUAAUGCGCCUCAUUCCUAUCAUGGUAGAGUACCACCUACCCCUCACUCCUCGUUGAACGUCGUUCAUCAUUCACCUCAACCUAAUCUUGGUUCUCCUUUAGUGGGAUGCUUGAAACAUACACAACAUAUCAGUAGCAGAGCGGCACCUUCAAAUGGUAGCUUUACCAAUACCAAUACCAACUCAAAUGAAGCUACGGGUCCUUACCAUAGGGGCGGUGGCGAAUAUGAUCAUACAUAUAUCAAACCAGCAAUGAAAAGUUUGAACAUAAAUGAGAAAAGAAGAACCUCACUCAAAGUUUCCCAGAUUCCUUUCAGUAGUAAUAACAAUCAAUCAAGAGGUAUUCACACUUCUUCCCUCAAUCGCGCACAGGUCCAAUCUCACUCUCAAGCUCAUAGUAGGAUGAACAACGUUCCAUCUCAUUUAGUCGAAGGAAUAGAAACUAAGCAGAGAAGACCUUCUUUCAAGAUCGAACUACCACCUAGACCAGUUACUCAUUCAUCGUCUACUAACCCUAUGAUGGGUCAAAUGCAAAUGGUCGAAUCACCAAUCUCUCAGAACCAAAAUCAAAUUCAAAAUUGGUCUUCUUUCACUCCACCAGCUGUGGCACCAUCCGGACCCAAAUUUACAGAUCCAUUCCAAGGUGCUACAUACGAUUAUCCAGCUGGUGGAUAUAUGAUUCUUAGGGCACCUACCAAGGUCCCAGGUAACUUCUUUGACGAAUUUCCCAGUCCCACACAACAAACUCAAGAAUGGGAAGGUAUAGGUUUAGGUUAUUCGCUCAAUAAACGAGUUGCAACCCCUUGGUUAAGAUCAAAGGGUGAUGAAGAAGAAUGGCUCAAGGCAGAUGAUUUAGAAAGUGUGGAUGGGGCUAGAGAAGUCGAAAAAAGAAUAAGAGGUCUAGGUGUAGCAUAA